UUUACGAGGAAGCAAUUCCGAUCGACCAAGAAAUUUUACCAAGAGAACAAUGGAAACUAAAAGACUUUAUUGAGAGUUUAAAAAGAAAUAGUGAUAGCCCGUUAAAAAUUACUUUUCUUGCUAAUCCCUACUAUUUUAGCAUGUAUUUUUUGGAUAAUUUUCCUCAUCUCCAAUCUUUACGAAAAGAAGCCGAGGAAUUAAAAAGAAAAGGAGAUAAUAAUGGAGUAAAAGCCGUUAGUCCUGAUAAACAGUGA